AUGAAGAUCGGUUUAUGUUCGUACAGUGGUUACAAAAUAUAUCCCGGCCAUGGGAAAACUAUGGUUAAAGCCGAUGGAAAGGUAUUCACUUUCUUAAACAAAAAAUGUGAAUCGGCUCACUUACUUCGUAGAAAUCCUAGAAAAGUAACAUGGACAGUUUUGUACAGAAGAAAACAUAAAAAAGGUCAAGAAGAAGAACAAACAAAGAGGAGAACUAGAAGAACUCAAAAAUUUCAGAGAGCUAUUGUUGGAGCAUCACUUACUGAAAUUUUAGCUAAAAGAAAUAUGAAGCCAGAAGUAAGAAAGGCACAAAGAGAACAAGCUAUCAGGGCUGCAAAAGAACAGAAAAAAGCUAUCAAGGCGACUAAAAAACCAGCUCCAGCUAAAACUAAAACAGCUCCUAAACAAAAGGCUAUUAAAGUUUUACAAAAAUCAGCUCCAAGAGUCGGAGGAAAACGAUAAUGUCAUUAUUUUAAAUAAUAAUACAUUUUACAUUAAGU